UCCCAUCAUUCGCUCGAACGCAACGAUCGCGCGCGGUUGUCUCGCCCAACAGCAAAGAAAGAUAUUUAAACCCGGAACGAAAGAUAUAAGCCCGAGUAGUAUCGAAGAACUGCAAAAAGUACUCAGAACGUCCAGCACUCGCCCGCCCGGUCACCGUUCCCGAAACGCUUUUCAUUUUCGCAAAUCAAAAAAAAAAAAAUACAAAGAGAGACCCUUACGAAUUGCGAUUCCAACAAGUGCGAGUGAAGUUCAGCGCUAAAAGAAGAUGGCCCAACCACAGCUGCUGCAAGUCAAAUUGUCACGUUUCGAUGCCCAACCCUGGGGAUUCCGCCUUCAGGGAGGCACGGACUUUGCCCAGCCCCUGCUAGUGCAAAAGGUGAACGCCGGCAGCUUGUCCGAGCAGGCUGGCCUUCAGCCCGGCGAUGCCGUGGUCAAGAUCAACGACGUGGAUGUCUUCAAUCUACGGCACAAGGAUGCCCAGGACAUUGUGGUGCGCUCUGGCAACAACUUUGUCAUCACAGUGCAGCGCGGUGGCUCCACCUGGAGGCCGCAUGUGACGCCCACGGGCAAUGUGCCGCAGCCCAACUCGCCGUAUCUGCAGACGGUGACGAAGACCUCUCUGGCUCACAAACAACAGGACAGCCAGCACAUCGGCUGUGGCUACAACAACGCUGCCCGUCCCUUCUCGAACGGCGGCGAUGGCGGCGUGAAGAGCAUUGUCAAUAAACAAUACAACACCCCUGUUGGCAUUUACAGCGAUGAAUCUAUUGCGGAAACACUCUCGGCCCAGGCGGAGGUUUUGGCUGGCGGUGUGCUCGGCGUCAACUUUAAGAAAAACGAGAAGGAAUACCAGGGCGAUCGCUCCGAGGUUCUGAAGUUCCUGCGCGAGGAGGAGACCGGCCAGUCCACUCCAGAACCACAUAGUCCCGCCAACUUUUACUGGACACAAAGCCAUGCAAUUGGCGGCAAUGAGCGACGCACUCCGCUGCACCAUCAACAUCAGCAGCUGCCGCUGCAGCAGCAGCAGCCGGAUGAACGGAUUGGGGUGCCACUGCAGUCGAACACAUUGGCGCCGGAGGCAUCACAUAGGCCCAGUUUGCCAGUGGCCCAGAAGGAUAAAGAAGAGCAGACCAGACAGGAUCAGGAGCAGGCCGAUCCGCGCAUCAUUGUCAUGCCCAUCUGUCCCACCCUCCAGGGACCCGAAUACAAGGCCGAAAUGGAAGCGGCAGCGGCGGCAUUGGCCAUCGACCAGGAUGGACGACCACGUCCAUUGGCCGCCAGCGGACAUCCGGCCUGCCAGCUGUGCGGCGUGGGCAUUGUUGGCGUGUUCGUGCGCAUCAAGGACAAGAACCUGCACGUGGAGUGCUUCAAGUGUGCCACUUGCGGCACCUCUCUGAAGAACCAGGGCUACUACAACUUCAACAACAAGCUCUACUGCGACAUCCACGCCAAGCAGGCCGCCAUCAACAACCCACCCUCCGGCACCGAGGGCUACGUUCCCGUUCCCAUCAAGCCCAAUACCAAGUUGAGUGCCUCCACCAUCUCGUCGGCCUUGAACUCGCACGGAUACGGUGGCAACUCGAACGGCUACUCCAAUGGAAACUCCGCCCCCGCUCCGGCACCGCCUGAGUCUGAGAGCAGCCAGGAGCUGCCUCUGCCACCGCCUCCCUCGCCCACCCAGCUGCUGCAGUACGAGGCGGAGCAAUUGCAGCAAGUCCCCCCGGAGCAACACCUGUCCACUACCCAGCAGCAACAGCAUCAGCAUAAGCAGGAGCACACACGCACCCACAGCAGCCUGUCAUCCAUUUCCAGUGGUUCCUCCUCGUCCGGAGUGGGCGGCAGCGGCAGUGGGAGUGGCAGCGGGAGUGGUGUUGGACAGAGUCAGCAAAGCUACUCAUCCACCCUAUCCCUAGACCGCUUCGGUUCGCCCAUGCAUUCGCGCCAGACAUCCGGCUCCUCCACGUCACUGGAGGCGGCUUUGGCUGGUCCGGCCGCCGGUCAGGGCGAUAAUUACACAAUGCAGCCGCCCUCUCCGCCGCCACCGCCUCCUCCGCAGACUCAGUCCGUGACGAAUUACAGGCUGCAGGCUGCGCAGAACGAGAACGACAUGAAUACGCAGAACAAGAGCCCCAAUGCGUACAACCAGCUGUUGAAAGAGUACUCCAACAAGCUGCAGCAGCAACACCACAACACCACACAGCACACGACAGCAACAGCAACACCCGCACAGAGACACAACAACACGGCCAAGCCAUUUGGAGUGGCAGCAACUACUGCAACAGCAACAGCAACAACAACACCAACACCACAUCAACACCUGCCACACCAACAACAUCAACAACAGCCGCUUGUGGCAGCGCUAACGGCGACACUUGCUAAUCAAUUGAAAUUUAACCCACAUCAGGUUGCAAGCCCCCAAGCAACAGCAACAGUAGCAACAUCAGCUGCAACACCAGCAGCAGCAGCAACAGCAGCUAUACCAGCAACACCCUUACUAGCAACUGCAACAGAUACCCCAGCUCCAGUAGCAACAUCAGACAAUAUGUCGGCCUACGUGGCGGAUGAGCCGUCUUCGAUUUAUGGCCAGAUUAACACCAACUCAGGUGCUGUAGCACCACCACCACAAGCAUCUAUCGUUGCCGGUGGGAGCGAUCAGCCCUUCGAGUACGUUACGUUAACCGGCAACGUUAUCCGCAGCGUGCAAGCUCCCGGAAAGGGGGCCGGCCCCAGCUACAAGGUGAACCAGGGCUAUGCUCGUCCCUUCGGUGCUGCCGCACCCAAGUCGCCGGUGUCGUAUCCGCCGCAGCAGCAGCAGCAGUCGCCGCGUCCCGCUCCCGGUGGCAACAAUCCGUAUGCCACUCUGCCACGCAGCAAUGUCGGCCAACAAGGUGGAGAGGCUGUUGACGAACUGCAGCCGGAAUACGAGGAGGAGGACUGCUAUGAGGUGGACAUCGAGGUGGCGUUGGCCGCUAGUCGGCAAUCGCAGCGUGGAUCUAGCUUCACCUGGCCACCGCCGCAGGAUGAUAGCCACUUGGCGCCCACCGCCGCACCACUUUACAUCCCUCCGCCGGAGACGCAACAUGUGGUGGUUACUAAUCCGGUACAGCAAGUACCACCAUUACCACCUGGAGGAGCAACUGCUCGACUAGAUCCGCAGCCUCAAGUGCAAGCCUCAGCACCUGGUGCUCCCCAAUGGCAGAGUUACUCUGCGCCCCAACUAACCACCUCGAAUGCCCGUCAAUUGACGGAGCAAGAGUCCAGCUCGGAUAGCUAUACAUCCACUUCGACAACGACGGCAACCACUUCGGAGGAAUAUCAGCGAAUGUACGCUGCCCAGAUCCAGGCCUAUCAAAUGCAGGAGCAAUCUGGCUCUGAGUUCGAUUACCAGGUGGAUUAUGGCAGCACCCAAGAUUCUAUACAGGAGUAUGCUUCAGGGAGAAGAAGUGCCCAGGAGUGUGUUGACUCCCUAGCUGUUCCCUUGAGCAAUUACAAGCUCGUUGAUAUGGUAAGGGAAGUGACACCCAGUCCCGUGACCACACCCACUCAAACUCCCGCUCCUGCUGCUCCUUCAACCCGUCGCGUUGUGUUCAACGAUGAGCCUGAGAUCAAGGAGUUGCCCCAACUACCCGUUGAACUGGAGACCAUACCCGAAGCCUCGGAAGCUGUCGAAGAUCGCGAAGGUCUUGUGAUCGAACAGCGAUGCCAGAUCCUGGAGAGCGAACGCAAGUUCCAACCCACGCCAGAGAUCAAGAUUGAGAUCGCCCCUGUGCGCCAAAUACCUCCAACCAAGAUCCCUAACCCAAUGCCCAAGGAGUGGAUAAAUCCUAUGAUUCGUGUCUUGACCACAGCCCCGGAGGUUCCUUUCCAUCUGGUGGAGUGUCCUUUUCCCCGGCCCUGUGGGGACGACUUCGAAGCUGAGGCGGCAGCCGCUGAAGCUGCUCGAGCCCAAGAGGUUCCUGCCCCUGUUCCUCCUCCUCCUCCAUCGGCACCAGCUCCAGCUCCAGUUGAGCCAUCACCUGCUCCUUUAAGAGAAUCUCCUCCCCGAGGAACCCGGCUCACCCAAGCCAUGGUAACUGCUCCCGAGUUCGAGCUUAAGUUCGCUCCUCCCGCUGAUCAGGGCGUCCCACUUCCGGAGGAAACCGAGCCCUAUAUGCCACCACCCAUCGACACGAAACCCUAUUUAAGGGAGGAUUACCGACCCAAAUCACCAUUUGUGAGUGCUCUAACCACUGCUCCCGAUCGCCCCUUUGAAGGUCAUUUCGACAAAGAUGUACCCAUCCACAUGAUUGACUUGCCCACUCCCAAAGAGCACCUGAGCAUGUGCGAUGCCCUGUGCACUGCCCCGGAACGUGGCUAUACCCCCCUGAAUCCCGAGAAUGCCAUGCAUCGCAUGGACGAAGAGCAAAAGCAGGAGGAACUUAAGAAACGUGAAUUUCAGGUGCUGGAUCAUGAGGAGGAAUUGGGCCUUCGACCGGAGCCACCACAGUCGGUGGAGUAUUACGAGACGCGGAAAGAUCAGCCUCGGAAAUCCUCCGCCUUUGCGGCCAUGCAAGCAUUCCAGCCAUCCCGGGAACCCCUGUCCUCGAACUCGGUUUCGAAUGCUGGAAGUGUGCCAGAAACUCCACGUGCCUCGAUUGUCUCUGCACUGAGGGAAGAAACUGAUCUGGAAUACCAGAAGUAUCUGAAGGCGCAGCAGCGCAAUCAGAAAAGAUUGGACUACUUUCAUCAAAAGGAAGAGGAGCUUAACGGUAUCCAGGGUCAGCAGUUAACCCAACUGCAAAGGGAACUCUCGCAUCAGCAACAGAGUCUCCUGAGCGAACAGCAGCUGCAGCAAACUAAGUUAUUGCAACUGCAACAGUGUGCUCAAAGUCAAGAGUUGCAGCAACAGAUACAGCAACUUACGCAAAAGUCACAGCAAUCUUCUCAAGUCAACCAGCAACAACAGCAGCAGCAACAGGUGUCCCAACAGCAGCAACACUCCCAAGUAACCCAACAAAGAACCCAACAGCAACAGCAACAAGUGUCCCAAGUAACCCAACAACAGCAACAUCAACACUCUCUGCUUUCGCAAACCACACUCGCUGAGACCCAAACCCUUCAGGCCAACGCCCAAUCUCAGAGUUCCGCUUCCUACAGCACCAAAGCGACUGCUUGCUCUAACUCCUUUUCCACAGUCCCACCUGCCACCUCAACCGCUUUUGCACCUGCUCCAGCUACAGCUCCAGCUCCAGCACCAGCACCAGCACCAGUACCUCUUCCUGUUCCUGUCAGCACACCUGUCCGCCUACCAGCUAUCGCUGUACAAAGUAGCCAAUACAGCAGCCAGUUCGAUGCCCACGAACUGAUCGAGGAGACCGCCGAGGAGCUCGAGCACUCGGAGGUCCUAUUUCCGCCGCCCUCCCCGCUGAGCCACCUGACCAAGCAAGGCAAAGCCGUACAGUCCGGCCUCCAUAAGCCGGAAAGCAUCCCCAAGUACCAGCGCAACUGGACGGUGCUGCCCACUCAGAGUCCCAUUCGCACUCCGGAGCCCCAGGAGCUGCGCGAGAACGUACCGCUGGCAUUCGUAGAUGCCCCGAAAGCACCAGUCACUAGUGACUCUUCCACUGUACAUAGACCCAUAGCCAUAGCCCAGAAUGCUGCGCCGACAACUGUGGUUGCUCCUUCCCGGGAAAAGGAGAAGGAGCGGCGACCGCAGAUGUCGGUGCCCAUUAUAGUUGAGGAUCGUUCGGGUCCAGUAACGAUGGCUUUCCAACCGCUAGACGAACUGGUGCGACCGGAUCAGGCCCUGACGCCCACUAGGCCAUACACCCCGUCGCUGACCAACAAGCCAGCUCCGAUUGUGCCCUUCUACCAGACGGAGGAGAAGCUCGUCUUCGAGGAGUGUUCGGCUACUCAUGCCAGGAACUACAACGAACUGAAUGCUUCGCCUUUCCCAGAUAGAACACGUUCCCCGGCUCCAGGACCGCCACCAAAUCCCCUGAAUGCCAUUCGAGCUCCGAGGAUGAAGGAACCUGAACCCAAAUCGACUAUUCUCUCUGUGUCUGGAGCUCCUCGUCUGCAAACAGGCUCCAUCACCACGGGUCAAAGUUACCAGGGUCAACUCUUGGCCCACUCCGAGCAGAGUUCCCAGUCGGCCAGCCAAAGCUUCACCCAGCAACCACAAAGGAUUACAGAACAGAGGGUGGGCAAUCUAAACAUCCAGCAAAGGGAGCAGUCUUCACAGCUACAACAGCAAGCCCAAUCCCAGUCUCAGAGUCAAACACGCAGCCAAGUGGGAAAUACUCAAAUAGAAAGACGUCGCAAGGUCACCGAGGAGUUUGAACGUACCCAAAGUGCCAAGACUAUCGAGAUCCGAACUGGCUCCCAGUCCAUCACUCAGUCUCAGGGUAAAUCGCAAUCUAUUAGCCAGGCCCAGGCUCAAUCCCAAUCCCAGAAUCAAUCGGACACAGAGCGUCGCUCUUCAUACGGCAAGACAGGAUUUGUGGCCAAUCAGGCAAAGCGAUUGUCCUGCUUGGAGCAGGAGAUCAGCAGCUUGACCAGUCAAUCCCAGGCCAUCAGUGCAAGGGCCUCUGCUCUCGGCGAGGGAUGCUUUCCCAAUCUAAGAUCACCCACUUUUGACUCGAAGUUUCCACUGAAGCCAGCGCCCGUGGAGUCCACAGUUCCUGGUUACGGAGCCGUACCUGCGGCCAGCAACAAGCUAAUGGCACCACCACCGGGUUUCCUCCAGCAGCAGCAACUUCAACAGCAGCAAAAGUCUGCUUUCUCUGGCUAUCAAGCCACCACUUCAUCGGUGCAGCAAAGCUCAUAUGCAAGCAGCUCGAAAGCCACCUCCUCAUCGCUCUCAUCCUCAUCAGCAUCUGCUUCAGCAUCAGCAUCCGUCGCGAGAUCGUCGCAAAGUCUAACCCAAGCUUCUGCUAUUACUACCACCACUAAUAACCAGGCCACCACGGCCUACAGGAGCAGCAAUGGCAGCAAUAUCAAGCCUAAUCUGGCCUCGCGGCCAUCCAUCGCUUCCAUCACAGGAUCAGCAAAUGCACCUGCUCCUGCUCCUGCUCCAUUUGCAGCUCCAAUUAAGGCUACUGCUCCAUUCAAAACACCGAUUGCCCCGAAAUCGGUGAUAGCGAACGCCGUUAACGCUGCUGCUCCGCCUGCGCCCGCUGUCUUCCCGCCAGACCUGAGCGAUCUGAACUUGAACUCUAAUGUGCCUGAUUCCCCAGGUGCCGGAGGAAAGAGCGCUGGAGCCUUUGGAGCCACCUCGGCGCCAAAGAGGGGCAGGGGUAUCCUGAACAAAGCAGCCGGACCCGGAGUGCGCAUCCCAUUGUGCAACAGCUGCAACGUGCAGAUCAGAGGACCUUUCAUCACGGCUCUUGGCCGCAUCUGGUGCCCGGAUCACUUCAUCUGCGUGAACGGCAACUGCCGUCGUCCCCUGCAGGACAUUGGUUUCGUUGAGGAGAAGGGCGAUCUGUACUGCGAGUACUGUUUCGAGAAGUACCUGGCGCCCACCUGCAGCAAGUGCGCUGGCAAGAUCAAGGGUGACUGUUUGAAUGCCAUUGGCAAGCACUUCCAUCCGGAGUGCUUCACCUGCGGCCAGUGCGGCAAGAUCUUUGGUAACAGGCCCUUCUUCCUGGAGGAUGGAAACGCAUACUGCGAGGCCGAUUGGAACGAGCUGUUCACCACAAAGUGCUUCGCCUGCGGCUUCCCCGUGGAAGCUGGCGACAGAUGGGUGGAGGCCCUGAACCACAACUACCAUAGCCAAUGCUUCAACUGCACGUUCUGCAAACAGAACCUGGAGGGCCAGAGCUUCUACAACAAGGGCGGACGUCCCUUCUGCAAGAAUCAUGCGCGCUAAAACCGCCGAUUAGAUGAUUUUGUUCGACUUCAGGGAUCACGCACACUAACCAACAACAACAACAAACACAACUAUAUAUCACAAUCCUCGGAUUAGUUGGAUAUGAGAGCUUGCUCUCAACACGUAUCUAAAAGCUUAUUAUUGCAAUUGUCAGAGUGAAUAAUGCGUAACAAUUAUUAUUUCUAUUUGUUUUAUGAAUUGUGCACACAAAUGUUAUCCUAAUUUUAAAUGAUGAACGAAUCACUCUAAAUCAAAAAAAACAAAAAACGUAGCUUCAAACGACACGAAAUCGAAUUAGCUAGCAAAUUAUAUGCCCCAAAACACACACACACAAAACAAUUAUUUAUUCAAGAAAAAACAUCGUAUCAUAACCGAACUACCGAUCCCCCAGCUAAAUAUGUAUGUACUGUGGCCAGAGUUAAUUUUACUUAGUUGAGCCUGAAAACUGUUGAUCAACCCCGAAAGCUAAAUGCUAACAAAUCGCGCGAGAGGAUUUCCGCAACAUAUAUUGGCGGCCUAAUCGGAAGAGUCAGUAAAAGUCAAAACGAGGUUGUCAGCAGGCAGUUGCUUAUUUAAUUUCUAAAUUUAUGUUGUAAAUUAUCCAUAAUUCGAUUGUAAAUUGUAAAUGAUCAGAAAGUGAAUAAAUUUCGAAAUCUUUUUCGCGUUUAA